AUGGAUCAUCAAGACGCUGUCAGCAACUCAACAUCAACGGCAACCACGUGGUGUGCCUGGGAGAGACGCAACGACGCCCUCUGGUUGGCCUACCCCGCCAUUUACUCGGCCCACACCCCUGACGGCGCCCGGUGCACAGUGCAUCCACGUCCCUCCAAUUCCUGCCCGUCAUCCAAAGAAAAGAAAGUGCAGAUUCCCGUCGCGCCUGAGCCCUCGACGCGCUUACCUCACCCGUUGAUCGGCAUCCAACCUCAACCUCCACCACCGCCUCUCCCCUUUGCAUUUCGGCCAUGCCCACCAUCUAGCACUUCUCGUUGCGCCAUGGAAAAGUUCCUGCGGGAAUGGAGGCAGGAUGCCCUGAACAAGGCCCAGUACGAUUCCGCCAUCUUCAUCGGCGACAAGCUGCUAGCCCUGACCAACGACGAUAAGGACGCCUUCUGGCUGGCUCAAGUCCACUUUGCUACCGGCAACUACACACGAGCCCAAACCUUUCUCGCAAAACAGGACCUCGUCGCCCGCAACGUUUCCUGUCGGUACCUAGCGGCACACUGCCUCGUCAAGCAGUCGAGAUUCGACGAGGCCCUGGCCAUCCUCGGCGAGCGGAACCCGACGCACCUCAUCAACAAUGCGAGCAACAAGCGGAAGCAACAGAACACGGCGCCACUAGGUCGCGCAGUCGGUCAUCCCAAGGGUGGUUCAAGAGACAGACAUGCCCGCGACGAGGCGGCAGAAGAAGAAGCGACGAACCGGAAAUACGAAGCCGCCAUGUGCUACCUGCGAGGCAUCUGCUAUGCCAAGCAGAACGCCUUUGACCGGGCCAAGGAGUGCUACAAGGAUGCCGUGCGGAUCGACGUGCAGUGCUUCGAGGCCUUCCAGCAGCUCAUGACCAACGCUCUGCUGUCUCCCGACGAGGAGUGGGCAUUCCUCGAGUCGCUUGACUUUGACGCCAUUAGCGUUUCCGGGGAUGUAUCGUCGUCGCAAGAGGCGGCAGAGUUCACAAAGAUGUUGUACACAACGCGGCUGUCAAAGUAUAGGGAACCUUCGGCAUUCACCGCGGCGUGCGACUCUCUGUCGACGCACUACCGUCUGGCGGACAACCCGGAUCUCCUCCUCGCCAAGGCCGACCUCCUCUACACGCAGUGCCGGUAUAGAGACGCCCUCGCUAUCACCGAGUCCAUUCUGCAGGACGACAAGUACAACUUUAGCGUCCACCCUCUGCAUCUGGCGUGUUUGUAUCAGCUCAAGAUGAAGAAUGCGCUCUUCUUGGUGUCUCACGACCUGGCGGACAACCACCCAGAGGAGCCCUGCUCGUGGUUGGCCGUGGGCAUAUACUACUUUGCGAUUGACAAGAUUGCGGAAGCCCGUCGGUAUUUCAGCAAGGCCAGCAUGAUGGACGCACACUUUGGCCCUGCAUGGAUCGGCUUCGCACACACAUUUGCCGCCGAGGGCGAGCACGACCAGGCCAUCUCUGCGUACUCUACAGCAGCGAGGCUCUUCAUGGGGACACAUCUGCCGCAGGUCUUCUUGGGCAUGCAGAACCACGCUCUCAACAACAUGACACUAGCCGAGGAGUUCCUCAAGACGGCCUACGGUCUGUGCAAGACGGACCCCCUACUAUUGAAUGAGAUGGGCGUCGUCAAAUACCACCAGGACAAGCCGCAAGAGGCUGUCCAAUUUUUCCGGGCGGCACUCAAGAUCGCCGCCGACAUUGACUCUGACCCGCAAGCGUGGCUGGCGCCGAGGACGAACCUGGCACACGCGUACCGUCGCCUGCGGCUCUGGAAGGACGCACACAUGGAGUUCGACGAGGUCCUGCGACAGGGCGGCAAAGACGCGACGAUAUUUUGCGCGAAAGCGCUCAUUUACCUCGAAGAGGGACGCCCAGAAAAGGCCGUCGUGCCAUUGCAUGAGGCGCUCGCGAUCAAUCCACAAGACAGCAUAGCUACUGAACUAUUAAACAAGGCCCUGGAAGAGACGUCCACGAUUGACGUUGCCGAGGGCGACGAGCUGGAGGCGUUUAAGCAGGAGCUCGAGAUGGGCAAGGCGGCCGCCAGGGAGCGCAUAUCCAACAAGCUCCCGAAGUUGCGGCGGGAUGCCAAAGGCAAGGCCAAGGUCGGCCGGCCGAGGGUGCUCAUGGACGAGGACGAAAAAGGCGAAAGCAUGAUGGAGAUGACUGAUGAUGAUUAG